AUGAAUUUUUUUCCCAACUACUUUCAGGCACAUGCUCUAUUGGGAAAGCAAGAAGAACAUGGCUUGGAAGCAGGUGAUUAUUGUAGGAUUGUGUCAGAAGAUAAGUGCAAGCCAAUUGAAGAAGAGGGCGCUCAGAUUUGUGUAAAUAGGGAAAAUUUCGUUUUGCCUGAUGAUUCAAUCUCAAGUCUCCUUCUGUUUCCUCCAUCUGAUGGCGUCUGUAGUGAAGAUAACACACAGCAAAAUCAGGAAGAUUUAAGUCGGACAUCUACCUCUGAUAUUCUUUCAAUGCUUGAAAAAGAAGAGGACCAUUCGACUGAAACUGCAAAUAGAGACAAUAAUUUCAAUAUUAACCAGGAAGGUCAUAAAGAGAGGGAGAAAGUGCCUGAAGAAGAGAAAAUGAUAAAUCAGGAAAUAAACAUUCAACUCAAGCUUAAAGUGAAAGAAACUGAAACAAGCAGCAGAACAGAUAAUAUUCUGACUGAAUUGUCACAAAAAGUAAACACAGAAAUCUUAACCCCCUGUAAUGAUAUAUGCAAAACAGUUGAGAGUGUUCCUACAAUGCAAAUGGACAACUUAGAAGAAAGUCAACAAAAGGCAAUAACAUUGCAGGUUUUUGAACACACUUCAGCACCAGAGGAUUUAUCAUAUGAAAAAAUCAAGGAAACACAAGUUCAAAAGUCUGAAGAGGAUGUAAAAAGUUAUGAUGACCAAAGUAGCAUUACUGAUGGUGCUGAAUACGAUAACACAAAAAGUGAUGACACCAGUGUUGUAAACUAUCAACAACCUGACCAAAUUUCAGAUUUAUCAGAACUUCAAGAUGAGUGGGUAUCUGAUAUUCAUGAUACUACUCACUCAGCAACAAAAAAAUCUUUAUUUGGUGAGUGUUCGGAGAGUUUAUUACAUGAGGAUGGAAGUCCAAAGAUUAUUAAAUCUGAUAUAAAAAAUGAUGACCUUCAUAUUACUGAGUGUAAAGAGAAUCUCAGUGAGAACAGCAAGCAGAUAGUACUACCACAAAGUCACUACCAUGAAUAUCAAGAUCUGAACAUAUCAGCUAAACAUUUAUUACAGCACCGUCAUAAUGACUGGACUCUAGCUCAUGAAAACAUGACUGACAUAACAGAGAAUGAGUCCUUGUAUGAGAACUCUGAUAAUGUAUCACUUGCUGAAAGUUCUCCUAAGCUGGUUGUCUAUGGCUCUAGUAAGGAUGCUUUAAAGAAAGUGAUACACAAUCAAAUUUUCUUCCCAAAGAAUGAUCGACUAGGAUACUUGCAGAGUGGAAAAAUUACUGAUCAGGAUAAUGUGAACUCCCUGACAACAUUCUUAUCUGACAAAUAUUCCACCCAAGAACAACUUGCCAAUUAUUUUGAUGAGCUCGACAGUACCAGGUGUAAACUAAUGCAAGAUAUCCUAAAGAAAGAUGACAAAAUGGAUCAAUUAAAGAAAAAAAUUGAUGUGCUAGAAAGUGAAAUAAGGUACAUCAACAGAGAAAACACAGUAUUAACAAAUAUCCUAGCAAACUGCAACAAACGGGAAAGUGAUUUGGACAUCAUGGAACAAGAAAUCCAGAAAAAUAAAGAAAUCCAAAAGAAGGAGAAAAUCUGUCAAAAAUUCAGACGUGAAGAACAACAUUUGGAGAUGUCUGCUGAGGAAAUUUUUCUCAAGGAAAAGUGUGCUGAAUUAAGAGAGAAAAUUCAGAAAAUAGUUACUGAAAUAACAUCACUGAAAAAUGUAACUGACAAACACAGACAUGAGUAUGAAUGUGCAGUAAUGGCACAGAAACAAGCUGCAGAGAGAAUUAGUUUUCUGAAGGAAAAGAUCUUGACAGCAGAACAAGAAUGCAGAAAGGCAAAUUUAGUAAAAGAAGAAUAUGCUGAGAAGGAGCAGCAAAUAAUUUUAUAUGAACAACGUUUAAAUGAAGCCCAAAAUGAUUUAGAAGAAUUGAAGACUAUGGUGCAAGAACAAGCAUCUCAAGCUGAGAGCUAUAAGAAUAAGUAUCAUCAGGCUGAACAAGAACUUGAAGAACUGAAACACAAACUUGAAACUACAGAUGCACAAAAUAAGCUUAUGAUAAGUAAUGCUGAAUCUGAAGUACAAAGAGUAAAGGACAAGAUUCAAGAAGAGCUUCAGAAUCUGAAUUCCUUAACAGAAGAAAUGGAAGAAGCACAGACUAAGUUACAAGAAGAAUCUCAAAAACGUUAUUUGACAGAGCAGCAAUGUGAAGAACUUCUGAAACAAGUUCAGGAGAUUAAUGAGAAGGUAUCAAAAUUUAGUGAAAUAGUUACAAAUCUUUGCAUCUUGGCAAGAAUGUGCUCUGCAAUGGACAGUCUUGGUGGAAGAUUAGCUAUAAAUGAACAGUGUUGGUAG